AUGUCAGAAUCUGGGCAGUCCUCAGCAGCUGCCACACCAAGCACCACUGGAACCAAGUCCAACACUCCCACGUCAUCUGUGCCCUCCGCUGCCGUCACACCCUUGAACGAGAGCAUCCAGCCCAUGAGUGAAUACAAUGGCACGAUCAAGAGCAAUAAGAGGGCACGAGAAAAGCGGAACAGCCGGAACAUGGAAGUCCAGGUCACGCAGGAGAUGAGGAAUGUCAGCAUAGGAAUGGGCAGCAGUGAUGAGUGGUCGGAUGUUCAGGACAUCAUAGACUCUACUCCAGAGCUGGAUAUGUGUCAGGACCCCCGCCUGGAGCGCACUGGUAACAGCCCAACACAGGGGAUUGUGAACAAAGCGUUUGGGAUCAACACAGACUCUCUGUAUCAUGAACUUUCCACAGCAGGGUCCGAGGUUAUCGGAGAUGUUGAUGAAGGAGCAGAUCUGCUAGGAAUGGGCAAAGAAGUGGGGAAUCUACUGUUGGAGAACUCGCAGCUGCUGGAGACCAAAAAUGCUUUGAACGUUGUGAAGAAUGAUUUGAUUGCCAAGGUGGACCAGCUGUCUGGAGAGCAGGAAGUGCUGAAGGGAGAGCUUGAAGCAACAAAGCAGGCCAAAGCCAAAAUGGAAACCAGAGUCAAGGAGCUGGAGGAGGAGCUGAAAAGAGUGAAAUCUGAAGCGAUUGUUGCCCGACGAGAACCCAAAGAGGAGGUGGAGGAUGUAAGCAGCUAUCUCUGUACAGAAUUGCAGUGCUCCUCCCCCCUGCAGGACAACAUUCCCAUAGCUCAGCGCCGACGCUUCACCCGCGUGGAAAUGGCCCGGGUUCUGAUGGAGCGCAAUCAAUACAAAGAGAGGUUGAUGGAGCUCCAGGAGGCUGUCAGGUGGACAGAGAUGAUCAGAGCUUCCCGUGAGCACCCAUCCGUCCAGGAGAAGAAGAAAUCCACCAUUUGGCAGUUCUUCAGCCGUCUGUUCAGCUCUUCCUCGAGUCCCCCACCAGCAAAGAGGACCUACCCCUCUGUGAACAUCCACUACAAGUCUCCAACCACAGCAGGGUUCAGCCAGCGUCGCAGUCACACCAUGUGCCAGAUCUCUUCUGGCAGCCGCACCCUGGAGUUCUUCCCUGAAGAUGACUGUACGUCCUCGGCGCGUCGCGAGCAGAAGCGGGAGCAGUACCGCCAGGUCCGGGAGCACGUGCGGAAUGACGAUGGGCGACUGCAGGCCUGCGGCUGGAGCCUCCCUGCCAAGUACAAGCAGCUGAGUCCCAAUGGUGGUCAGGAAGACACUCGCAUGAAAAACGUCCCCGUGCCUGUAUAUUGUCGCCCACUAGUAGAGAAGGACCCAACCAUGAAGCUGUGGUGUGCAGCUGGAGUCAAUCUCACGGGAUGGAGACCAUUGGAGCAGGAGCCUGGGAAUGGGCAGAAAUUGGAGCCUGGACGUGAUCCCCUCACCUGUGAUAGGGAAGUGGAAGGCGAGAACAACAAAAGUAACCACACGUCUCCUGAAAAGAAAAAGGCAAAGGAGCUCCAUGAAAUGGAUGCCACGUCCAGUCGUGUCUGGAUCCUCACUAGUACACUGUCAACAAGUAAAGUUGUGAUUAUUGAUGCCAAUCAGCCUGGCACAGUAGUGGACCAGUUCACUGUCUGCAAUGCUCAUGUGCUCUGCAUCUCCAGCAUCCCUGCGGCCAGUGAGAGUGAUUAUCCUCCAGGCGAGAUCUUUCUGGAGGGAGAUGUAAAUCCUGAAGAGUCGUCUGGAACAGAUGGUGUCUUGGCAGGAAUCACUCUGGUGGGCUGUGCAACCCGCUGCAAUGUGCCACGAAGCAACUGUUCCUCGCGUGGUGACACACCUGUGCUGGACAAGGGACAGAGUGAGGUGGCUGCUGUCUGCAAUGGGAAAAUCAACCAGUCCCAGUCUACUGAGGAGGCGACAGAAGCUACGGAGGUACCAGAGAACGGUACAAGUGAGGCAGAGCCUGCUCAGGCCCGGCCUGGACCCCUCACAGAGCACGUGUUUACAGAUCCAGUCCCUGCACAGGGACCUCUUCGGCAGAACGGGGAGAAUGGGCAGCUGAAGACAGAGUCAAGCACAACACUGCCAGAUCAGGAGUUGAAUGGGGAUGCUGCUGGGUCUUGCACCAGUGCUGCCCCCACCAUGUGGCUGGGAGCACAGAAUGGCUGGCUUUAUGUGCACUCGGCUGUAUCCAACUGGAAGAAGUGUCUGCACUCAAUAAAGCUGAAGGACUCUGUACUGAGUCUAGUGCAUGUGAAAGGGAGGGUUCUCGUUGCUCUGGCAGAUGGAACACUAGCCAUAUUCCACCGGGGAGAAGAUGGUCAGUGGGAUCUCAGUAAUUACCACCUGAUGGACCUCGGUCACACUCACCAUUCCAUCCGCUGCAUGGCUGUUGUGUAUGAUAGAGUCUGGUGUGGCUACAAGAACAAAAUCCACGUUAUCCAACCCAAGACAAUGCAGAUUGAGAAAUCCUUUGAUGCCCACCCUCGGCGGGAGAGUCAGGUGCGACAGCUGGCAUGGAUCGGAGAUGGAGUGUGGGUUUCUAUCCGCCUGGACUCCACUCUGAGGCUUUACCAUGCCCACAGCCAUCAACAUCUGCAAGAUGUUGACAUCGAGCCUUACGUCAGCAAGAUGCUAGGCACUGGAAAGCUGGGCUUCUCGUUCGUGCGGAUCACAGCCCUGCUCAUUGCUGGCAACCGCCUCUGGGUGGGGACAGGGAACGGUGUCGUCAUCUCCAUUCCAUUGACUGAAACUGUAGUCCUCCACCGAGGCCAACUCCUUGGGCUCCGGGCCAACAAGACCUCACCAACGUCUGGAGAGGGCAGCCGCUCCGGUGGGGUCAUCCACGUGUAUGGUGAUGACAACAGUGACAAAUCAGCCAGCAGUUUCAUUCCCUACUGCUCCAUGGCUCAGGCACAGCUCUGUUUCCAUGGCCACCGUGAUGCUGUCAAGUUCUUCGUCUCUGUGCCUGGCAAUGUCCUCGCAACCCUGAAUGGGAGCGUGUUGGACAGCCCUUCGGAGAACCCCAGCACAGCAGCCACAGAGACCGAGGGGCAGAAGCUGAAGAACGUCCUGGUGCUGAGUGGAGGAGAAGGAUACAUCGAUUUCCGGAUUGGGGAUGGAGAAGAUGAUGAGACAGAGGAGAAUGCAGGAGAUGCCACCCAGGUGAAGCCAGUACUUUCCAAGGCUGAAAGGAGCCACAUUAUUGUAUGGCAGGUAUCAUAUAUCCCCGAGUGAGAAUUUCUCCUUUCCCACCAAUGUAAGUGUCCCUCCUCCCGCCUGAAUGCCAAGAUGUACAUACAGAACGCGUGCAUUAUACCUACUGCUGGAAACCGACCCCAGACAACUGCAGCGGCUCCUGCCUCAGACUGUGACCCCCUUCUAACCUUUGAACUUGCAGCUUUCAUCUUGGGCCCAUGCGCUUUCUGCGUGGUUGGAUUAUUGUUCUGCUCUGGAGCUGGCAUCUACAAGGAGAGAAAUGGCUGAAGUGAAGCUUGGAGCUAGAACUGUGCAAAGCCUUUGCCCAGUGCCCAGGGGCUGGCAGCUGGAUGGUGGUGGCUCAGGUUCUCCAGCACGUUGCCUC